GAGUGCACAGAGAUGCUGAAGCUAGAAGGGGGGUGGUUUUUAGCGUUUAUUUCUGAAGCAUGUUUGGGCUUCGGAUGGCAGUCCGGCGAGUAUGGCAAGAUUGGGGCCCCUGGGUUCCUUUUUCUUGCAAUUCUUUCUUAGGCUUAUCGUCAUAUUAUAGCACCAUAGCUGAGGCUACCGAUGAUCUCACGGGGAAUGGGAAGAGGAGAGAGAAAAUCCUUACUCUGCAGUCCAUGAACCCGCAGGUCAAGGCCGUGGAAUAUGCUGUGCGUGGUCCCAUAGUGCUGAAGGCUGGGGAAAUAGAGAAGGAGCUGCAGAAUGGAAUCAAGAAACCGUUUAAUGAAGUCAUCAAAGCAAAUAUCGGAGAUGCGCACGCAAUGGGACAGCAGCCAAUAACAUUUCUUCGACAGGUGGUUGCUCUAUGUACAUUCCCAGAACUUUUAGAUAGUCCAAAUUUCCCCCAGGAUGCUAAAAGAAGAGCUGUCAGAAUCCUACAGGGAUGUGGAGGACAGAGCUUGGGAUCAUAUAGUGCCAGUCAAGGUGUGGACUGCAUUAGAGAAGAUGUGGCACAUUAUAUUGAGAGACGAGACGGAGGUAUCCCUGCAGAUCCAAAUAAUAUCUAUUUAACCACGGGAGCAAGUGAGGGCAUUAUGAGCAUCCUGAAAAUACUUGUAUCUGGAGAGGGAAAAUCAAGGACUGGAAUCAUGAUUCCAAUCCCGCAGUACCCACUCUAUUCUGCAGCCAUAUCUGAGCUUGAUGCCAUUCAAGUUAACUACUAUCUGGACGAGGAGAAUUGUUGGGCUCUAGAUGUCGCUGAGCUGCAGAGAGCCGUAUAUAAUGCCAAAGAAUACUGCAACCCUAAAGUUUUAUGUAUCAUCAACCCUGGAAACCCAACAGGGCAGGUUCAAAGUAGACAAUGUAUAGAAGAAGUAAUCCAUUUUGCUUGGGAGGAAGGACUGUUUCUUCUAGCAGAUGAGGUCUAUCAGGACAAUGUCUAUUCAGAGAGCUGCCAAUUUCAUUCCUUCAAGAAAGUAUUGUAUGAGAUGGGCCCGGAAUACUCCAACAAUGUGGAACUUGCUUCUUUCCACUCCACUUCCAAGGGUUACAUGGGCGAAUGUGGUUAUAGAGGAGGCUAUAUGGAAGUGGUGAACUUGCACCCGGAUAUAACAGCACAGUUUAUUAAAAUGCUCUCAGUUCACCUCUGCCCUCCAGUGUCAGGCCAGGCAGCUAUGGAUGUUGUGGUGAAUCCACCUAAGCCAGAGGAAGAAUCCUAUCAGCAAUUUAUUAGGGAAAAAGAAUGUGUUCUAUCUAAUUUAGCCAGGAAGGCAAAGCUUACAGAAUCAUUAUUUAAUGAGGUGCCAGGAAUCAAAUGUAACCCACUUCAAGGUGCCAUGUAUGCCUUUCCUAGGAUCUUCAUCCCACCUUCAGCUGUGGAAAAGGCAAAGGAUCACCAAAUGGCCCCUGAUAUGUUUUACUGCAUGCGGCUACUUGAAGAAACUGGGAUCUGUGUUGUACCAGGGAGUGGAUUUGGCCAAAAAGAAGGAACAUAUCAUUUUAGAAUGACAAUUCUUCCACCUGAAGAAAAACUGAAGAUUCUGUUACAGAAAGUAAAAACCUUUCACAUGAAGUUUCUCAAAGAAUAUUCAUAAAGAUUAAAGGUUUUAAGUGCCAUAGAUUUCCAGAAUGGAGAUUAGCCGCUUUUUAGUUUGAUGCUAACACCGUCACUAGAAGAAGCAGUUGCAAUGCAUCAGUCUUAUUAUUUCACAAAAACACUAAUUCAUCCAUAUAUAGGAUAGCGCACAAAAUGUCCUUUUGAUACAAAAUGAACUUUUAUAUGACUAGCACUAUGGUUCUCAAUAGAAACAGGUGGGCAACGUAAGCAAGAAUGUUAGUUGUUUUACACACACCCCUUUCUAUGAUGCCUUAGAUAUGAGCUAUCUAACAAUUUGCUCUGGUGGGCCACAUUUUUAUAGAUGUACAUACAAGCAGGCUAGAAAGAUUAAAACCCAUUAUGUUCAUAAAAAAGAAACAAAAAUAUCCUCACUUUUUACUAUUUAUCAGAAACGGCCCUGCGUUACACUAUAGAUUUGUUGGCCUUCCUUGAAUUCUAGCUAGUACUUACUUUCUCACUGAUAUUCUCUCAUUUUGUUAUAUUGCUUUGUUAUAGCAUUUGGGUAUUCAUCAUUCCCCCUUAAAAUCCUUCAAACGGUUUCACUGGUUACAACAUUUGAAGGUACUACACUAACCUUAGUACAAAUGUGCAUGGUACUUAUUUGGUAAGAGCUAUCCCAUAAUAUAUUCUAAAAACAAACAAUCAGUAACACUAAGGGUGUGUUACUACUAGGGGGCGCACAGGACCUUAUAUGAUUAUUAUGUAAAUAGGCUAAGAGAGAAGAGAACAAGAUAUUAUAUAUAAUAACUAUAAUAAAAUAUACUAUACGGAAUAAUGUAAACAAAAAAGAAACAAUUCUUAUAAAUAUGGGACUAUGAGAAACAUAGGAUACAACACAAAUAAUAGCAAAUACAGUAAUAAGAAAUUCCUGAAAGGUUCUUAUCUGGAAAUGCUGUCUUCUUCUGCAAUGUUAUAUAGAUGGUAAAUGUCCCAAUUGGGGUGGGUAUAGUCUCAAAUGAUGAAUGUGAUCAAAUACCAGGAUGAUCAAUGAUCAGGAACACAGAUGAUGACUGGAGUCAGCUGCUUUGUCAGGGAAAUCAGGAUCUAAGAGCAAGUUUUCUCUGUGAAAAAAAUCACAAAAAGACAAAGGCGCCUCCUAGUGUAAUACAGUUGGUGAAAGAGAUUUGUUAGGUAAUCAAAAAGGUACUCACAAGUGGAGCAGCACCCAAUUGUGCUAAAUCAAACAGACUGGGAUCUCACAGUGUCCCAGCUCACUGACACUGCAAGGAAACUGGUUUCUCCAAUGUCUUGCCGGACUGACAGAGCUCAGACUCUCACUAAGAGGUUUACAUAAAACCAAAUUUUAUUAAUAAAAUAAAAAUCUCAGUGUCUCAUGACACUAGAUAUUUAAAAGAACAAGCAACGCGUUUCUCAGACUGCUGUCUGUUUCAUCAGGCUUCCAGUGAUGUUUAACCCUAACCUAAUCAUACUGUUCCAAACCACUCCACAGCAAUUAACCCUGGCCACAGUUUCCCAACCCUCAGCACACUUUAAUCCUAAAGACAUGACCACCACAGCACCAUUAACUACUGACCACCUAUAUGUCCCCCAACACUGGUAAACCACUUCCUGUGUAAUUUCCUUCAAAGACUACACUACAAUCAUAAAUGAACACUGAUUAUUGUAUUUCACUUGUGUACAUGUUUUGCAUUUUAAAAGUGCACUUUGAGCUGUAUUUUAACUUUUUAUUAAGCAGCUAAAUUAACAGUUACGAAAAAGUCAAGUCAAGCAGCUAGAAGAUGACUUUAGAAAGAGGUCAGAAUGGGUUUCCAACAGAAAGUACUUAAAUUCAAGCAAAAUGCUACUAGAAACUAUUGUUUUUUGACAAACAGGGUGCGUUUAUAUAACAGGAUAAUGUACUACUUAAAUGGUUAUCAAGACACAAAGUAGUUUGCCAUACAAUAUGCUGUUGCAGAUAAAAUUGUCCUCUCUUUUUAAAGGGAGCCGAAUAUAAAACUUAAUGAUCAUUGAGAGCUCAGCUUGACCAAGUGACCAAAGUAAAAGUUAAUUUUUAACCAAUGCACAGGCCUCCCAUUAGAGAGUUGAGUAUACCUUAAACAGCACCACUCCCAAGUUACCUAUAAUGAAGAAUUUAUUACAGGUAGCAUAUGAGCGUAUGCUCCACCUAUAAAUUAAUAUAAUGUAUAUUUAAAGGAGCGUGAUAAAUUGGCGCUCUACUUGUAAUAUGGCCCUAUGUGUUUAACACAGUUGCAGGGGUUAGACACAUAAAGCUGGGACGUAUCUAGUAAGUAAUUAUAUCACUAUAAUAGACCCUUUAACAACACAGAGUAGAAUGAUACGCAGUAGAGAAUUAUAGGGGAGUGUAAAAGUUAAAUCUACAAGUGCAGCUCUGGAAAGGGCUACAGUGCUGUUUAUGAUACUUAAAAAUGCAUAUGUACUCUGCAGUGUUCUCCACAGAAAAUUGUUGCCGUCUGUCUGGGGGCAGUGUAAUACUUUGACAUAUUAUAACAUUUUCUGUUAUUUAUACAUGUUAUUUAAGCUAUCCAAAACACAAACCGAUUGCAUAGUUUAACAUAAAUUGAUUUAAUGGUAAUUGUGCAACAAACAUUGAAGAAGAAAAAAUAGCUAAUUUUAGCAUAAUAUUGGCUUACAUUUUACCCGUUUGGUCAAUAAAAUCAUCCAGGUGGUGUGCCCAUUAAUCUUUGUUUACAUUUUUAACAGUUUAUUUUUAAGUUUAAUGUUUUAAAGGGACAUUAAACUCUAAAAAAAAAUGCUAGAAAGAAUGAUACAUUAAAAGAAAAGAGUAGUCUGAAAAUAACAUGUAGAUGUAUUUUUUCAAGUUUUAUUAGCUGUUUAAAUAUUGACAAAAUAAGUUUAAAGUUUUAGUGUCUAUAAAUCAAUGGGAGCUGCCAUGUUGUAAUUUAGGUUACCUUCUCUGUGGUGGCCAAUUAGGGACAGUUAUAAAUAGGUCACUAGAGUGUGCAGCCAAUAGCUGUGUGGAAUAUAAAAGUGUUCUGCACUUUCAUUUAUAACAGGAACUGAAAAGCUCACAAUUUCACAAUGGAGUUACAGGAAUAGGAGGCUAAAUAAAUAAAGUAUAUUGCAGAGUUUUUUUUUGUAUAUAUGAUUUAUCAUUUUGUUUUACCAUCUCAAAGUGUUAAAUGACCCUUUAAUGUAUUUGGUUAAAUUACUUGUGUUAACAAAGCAAAACAAAAUGGUAAGUACUAUGCCCUAGGCAGUUAAAGAACAUGCCCCCUUUACCAUUCCUUUUGCCUUAGCCAUAGUUACCCAAUAGAGACUUAUGUAUCUAGUAGACGUGCAUUUUUCAAUUUUCAAAGUUUAUUCUUGUAAAAGUGCACCACACUAAGAUCUGUGCUAAUCCAGAUCUUAGAAUGUUUCACUUCCACAAGAAUAAAUAAGGUUUUUGAAAAUUGCCAAAUGCAGCUUGCGGCCACCGUCUUCGGCAUUCAGAUCAGCCCAAAAUAGACAAAUGCACAAAUCUAGUAUCUUGAUUACACAAACUGAAAUUGAUUCUAAUAGAAGGCAAGUUUAGCUCCCAUAAUUGGUAGCUGUUUAUCUUGUCUCAUAUAAAAAGCCUUGUUACACCCAAGGAUAAGAGAAACAAGACAAAGAAAACCCAAGUAAGAUUUAGGAAUACAGAGGUCAAAAAAAUGCACCUGCUAUUUUGAUAAGCUUAUAAAUUGUGUAAAAUAUGAUAUGAUGGCUGCAACAAUAUAGCCCAUUUGAGCUGAGUGAAGUAAAUCUGUUAGAUUGUAACUACCAAGCACAGGAAUAUUAUCAUUACUCAAUUUUUUAACGAGCCUUUGUUCACUAGGUUCACGAUUAGGUUAUUUAAUUUUUUUUAUUCUAAUAUCAACAAAGUAUUUAGUAGGAUUUCUGUAUUUCAGGUUUUAAUGUAGUUUACUUGAAUUACUUAAAUCUUGUUUACAAUGUAUUUUCCUUUUCAUACUACUUUACUAAUGAGCUAUUAAUUGUCUAGAUUUAUGAAAACUUGAUGAUACAAACUGGAGUAGCAUGUUAAACAUAAGUUCAUAGCUUGCUUGUUCCUGUUAUCUGCACUUUCUCGUUCAUUAAAUCUUAGGGGAGUGCUUCCUACAAUUAUGCUGUGAACAAAUUUACUAAGCUUGGGACAAAGCUUUUUUCUUUCUAAUGAUUGAGAGAGUCCACAAGACCUUACUCUUGGAAAUUACAUCACCUAGCCACCAGGAGGAGACAAUGACACACUACACCAGAGCUUUAUGUAUACCUCCUACCUCCCUCACAGUAGUUCUUUGCCUCGUCAAAGAGAGGGAAGGAUUGAGGUGUUAAUUAUUCUUAGGAAAUUAUGUUUAUCUUUAAUCAAGUUUUCCCUCACAGGCUAGUACGGCUAGUGCAAUAUAAUUCUCUUCUCAUUGCCUCCUCCUGUCAGGUCAUGUGUAUGUACUCUCCCAACAAGGACCUACAUUGUCAGUUACAGCACAGGACAGAUCUUCACUGUCAGUUAGAUUCUUUGAUGCUGUGCAGUGGAGAGGUCUGGAGGGUGGGUAAGUACCUAAGCCCAUAGACCCCUAAGGCCGCUAGGAUGGGUGUUUAGUAGGUGCCAUUGGCCUUCCACACCCCUUACUAGAGUAACAUUUUCCAUUUUCAGGAUUUUUUUGUCAGUUUGGAGUUUUGUGCACAGUUCACGGGUUUGUGCACAAAGGGGGAUAAAGUAGUUUUUUUGCCCACUUUUUUGCUCAUUGGUCAAGACUCCCUCUGUUCUACUCGGGGGUCAGAUGUAAUGUGCUUAUCUGAUGUUUAAACAUUUAUUUGUUUAAACUUUAGGAUUAUAGCCCUUUAAAUCCAAUCCGUCUUGUCAGUCUCCGGUACCUAGUGGGGACUAGGCACAUUCGCUUCUCCUGUGGGCUAGGAAAUAGUUACCAGUUUUUCCUGCCACAGGAGAGCAUUUUGGCUUGCUCCCCAACACCGGAGGAUCUCAGGAGGGGGUAAGUUCCCUAUCCCGGAGCAAGGAAGACAUAUUUUGCACAUAUGAAUAAAUGUAUUUACUGACUAAGUAGAUAUAUAAUAAUUUUUGGGGACCUUGCGCUUUUGUAUAUUGGCAGGUUAUAGUUUAGAUCCCUUAAGGGGACAUUUCGCAAGUUUGCUCAUAGGGGGAUGGGGGCUCCUAAGAAUCCUAUUAAACUUUUUCCCUUUUUUCAUUUUAUCGUUAAUCCUUUGUAAAGGGGUAAUUUGUCACUCUGGUCUACAAUAUGGAGCCAAGCUGAGGCUGCAGCUACUGAUUUGAUUUUAUCUGAGAGUAGCCUCAAGAUAAAUGAAGAUAAAUGUUUAAUGUGUAAAUUUGUCAGGAUCUGUCCUCCAGCACAGCUUUGCAGCACUUGCUUAGCCUCUGCUUUACAGAAUCAUUCUCAGGGCUCCAACUCUAUUUCUACUCUGGGUCAUCUACCUGUAUACAUUGCCCAGUGUAGAGUGACUGAAUUUGCACCACAUUUUAAAUCUCAUUUGCAGUUGGCAGUUACUGAGGCUAAACAUAUUUCCUCAGGCUCCUCUUCCAGGGGUAGUACUCCUGCUGGUACUUCAAGGGUCAGGCGCAGGUUACUGAUGCUGGAAAUUCCUCUUAUAAUUUGGAUGGUGAGGUUUCAUCAGAUGAGUCUUCUUCUGAAUCAUAAAAGGAACCAGAGGAGAUUACCUUUCAGUUUAAGAUGGAUCAUCUACAAUCCUAACUUAAGGAGGUCAAGAAUCUAGACCUGUUGAGGACAAGCCAGUUCAGAAGUUAGACCUCAUUUUCAAACCUACAUCCAGGAUUCCUGAAACAUUUCCUGUCCUGUAAUUAGUGUCAGAAAUUAUUUCAAAUGAAUAGGAUAAGCCUGGGGUUCAUUUCACUUCAUCCCCUACUUUCAAGAAGCUUUUCUCUGUCCCUGAGGUGAAUUUGAAAUUAUGGUGGACUAUUCCCAAAGUAGGGCCAUAUCUACUUUAGUCAAGAGAACUACUAUUCCUCUGGAAGACGGUACUUAUUUCAGGGACCCAAUAGAUAGAAAAUUGGAGGGUUGCCUUAGGAAGGCUUUCUUACAAGGGGGCUGUUGUUUCAGCCUGCAGUAAGUAUUGCUGCAGUGGCUGGAGUUUGCAGCAUUUUGGCGUGACUCCUUAUUAGAUCUAGUGUCAGUGGAAUCCCCUUUGUAGAAUAUCCAAGUUUGUAUUCAUUACCUAAAGACAGCAAAUUGAUUUGUCUGUGAUGCGAUCACCCAGAUUAUUUGCAUCAAUGCUAACGCUUGCAGUUUUGUCCAGAAGAGCUCUUUGGCUAAAUUCUUAGUCAGCUGACAUGUUUUCUAAGUCCAGACUACUGUCUUUAGCAUUUAAGGGUAAGAACCUGUUUGCUCCGGGAUUGGAAUUGAUUAUCUUUACUGUGACAGGUGGCAAGGGAGCUUUAUUCCCUCAGGAUAAGAUGUCUAGGCCUAAAGGAAAGUCCGGUGGCCGUUUUAGUUCCUUUAGACAAAACUAAAGAACUUCCUCCCAGAGCAAUGAGUCCUCUAGGCCUACCUGGAUACCAAAUCCAAUCUAGAGAAAGUCUAAGCAGACCAAGAACUCUGUUUCCGAGUCCAAGACAGUAUGUGACCCCCGAUCUAGAUCCUUCUCAGGUAGGGGCAGAUUAAACCUUUUUUCUGGAGGCAUGGGCUCGGUCUGUCGGUCCCUUGGGUUCCGGAAAUUGUUUCCCAGGGUUACCGAAUAGGCUUCAGAUUUUGGCCUCCGAGUUGUAGGUUUAUCUUGUUGUACAUUUCCAAAAGACUAGGAAAGAGGGCGGCUUUUCUUUGGUAUGUGCAAGACAUAGAGGACAUGGGGGUAGUCCCAAUUCUGUUGGCAGACCAAGGAAAGGGGUUCCGAAGAAGGAGGGGACUCUCAACAAGUUCUUAAAAAUUCCUUCCUUCAAGAUGGAAACCAUCAGAUCAAUUCUGUCUCUGGUACUUCGAGGUCAAUUUAUGUCCACAGUGGACCUGAAUGAUGCAUAUUUACACAAUCCCAUUCCAUCAGGAUUAUCAUCAGUUUCUAUAGUUUGCUUUUCAAGACGAGCACUAUCAAUUUACAGCCCUAGCUUUUGGUCUGACUAUUGCUCCCAGGAUAUUUACAAAGGUUCUGGGAGCUCUUCUUUCUGUAAUUUGGGCUCAAGGAGUAGUGGUGGCUCCUUACCUGGAUGAUAUAUUAGUUCAGGCUCCAUCUUUACCUUUAGCAGUCGCUCAUACAGAUAAACUACUUUUGGUUUCUUCACAGUCAUGGUUGAAGGUCAAUGUUGAUAAAAGUUCUCUCACACCUCGAUUGAGAAUGUGUUUUUUUGGUGGGGUUAUCAUUGAUUUAGUGGCAAUGAAGCUUUUUCUGACAGAUCAAUACAAACUCCAGCUUCAGUCGGCCUGUCAGAAACACCCCCCCUCCGUAUUCUUCAUUUUUCUUCAGUAACUUCUUCAUAAGGGCUUGUCGGACAGUUCUAUCAAUGGCCAGAUUUCUGUACUUUCUGUUUUACUUCACUGGAUGUUAGCCGAUCUUUCUGAUAUUCAGUCCUUUGUUCAGGCUCUGGUUAGAAUCAGACCUGUAAUCAGGCUGGUUUCUCCUCCCUGGAGUCUUAAUUUGGUCCUUAGAGUCCUACAGUUUGCUCCGUUUAAACCAAUGCAUUCCUUGGACAUAAGUUUCUAUCUUGGAAGGCCCUGUUCUUGUUAGCAAUUUCUUCAGCUUGAUGGUUUUCAGAGUUAUCGGCUUUGUAUUGUGGUCUGCUUUAUUUAGUGUUCCGUCAGGAAAGGGAUCUGUUACGUACGGUGUCUGGGUUUUUGCCAAAGGUAGUUUCAUCAGAAAACAUUAAACAGGAGAUUGUUCCUCCUUCUUUAUGUCAUAAGCCUUAGUCUUCUAAGGAAAGGAUAUUGCAUAAUUUGGAUGUGGUCAGGGCAUUGAAGUUUUAUUUACAGGCUACAAAGCAUUUUCAGCAGUCUCAAAGCUUGUCCUAUAUUCAGGAAAAAGCAAGGGACUUCUGUGUCUUUGUCUUUUUGGUUGAUGAGUUUGAUUCACAAAGCUUACAUGGAGGCAGAUCAGCAAACACUCGCCAGAAUUACGACUCAUUCUACUCGUUCUGUCUCUAAUUUGUGGGCCUUCAAGAAUGAGGCUUCAGUGGAGCCGAAAUGCAAAGCUGCAAUAUGAAAUUCUUUGCAUACUUUCAGUAAAUGUUAUCAUUUUGAUAUUUUCGCCUCUGUGGAGGCAGCUUUGAAAGGAAUGUCUUAAAGGCAGUGGUACAUUUUUGUGGACUUCUCAGCUGGGGUAUUAGUUCCCAAGAGUAAAGUCUUGUGGAUUCUCACAACCAAUAGAAAGAAAACAAAAUGUAUUUUUAAAUGAUAAAUUAAUUUAUUUCUUAGUUGUGAGAGUUCACGAACCUGCCCAUUUUUGUUUUGUGGUGACAGUUUGUUUGCACCUAUGUCCCUACUAUCUUUCUUUCUUAUUUGUUUCUAUCCCUGGCUAUACACACUACUAGAAGGAAGUGGGAAGUAGGAGGGAAAAUGUAAGCUCUGGUGUAGGGUGUUUUUACCUCCUCCUGGUGGCCAGGUGAUGUAAUCCCGAGAGUAAGGUCUUGUGGACUCUCACAACCAAGAAUGAAAUUAAUUUAUCAGGUAAAAAUAAAUUAGGGGGGUUUUUAUUCUUCAAGCUUUAUUGUGAUUUGUCAAAAAAGCACUGGAUGGACAAAAUAUAGAACAAAUAGAAAAGAAAAGAGAGACCAACAAAGGUAAAAAGGAGGUAGUACAAACCUUUCUUAUUCUUAACUAGAAGGAAAUACAUAUUAAAAUACAAUAAUGGUUUAACUGCAAAGAUAGCAGUAGUCAUUGCAUGCAUCUCCAAUCCUUCCCAGCUUUCAUAAAACUAGUCCAAUGUUUACUAUUUAAAAGGGGCUACAAUUUAAAUGAUAGUUGGAAAAGAACAAACAAUAUGGUAGUUUUUACUGUUACAAUCUUAUUUUUUUUUAUAUUUAACUUUGGAAGGCAUGGUGUCUUUUUACAUUUUUUUUUAUAAACUCAAUAAUGGGGUAUUGCAAAAUAAGUUAAAAAUACUUGUUAUAUACAAUUUAUGGCUGCUCUGUUGAUGGUUUCAGUAUGUAUACAUUUCCUAAAUAAAAGUUUAUUUUAGCUUGG